AUGGCUGCCGCAGAAAGCACUAGGCUGUCACUAAUGCAGUCAGAAGAACCGCUUAAACUAUCUGAUUUAUUAGAUCGAGGAUGGAAACUAUAUGAUGAGGUAGACACCACUAAUGAUCCCAUUGCAGCCACCCAUAUCCAGGUUAAAAUCAAGCGUGGGAUAACGCAACUGGAAGAGGCAACGCGAAUGGUUGCCCAACUCGACUUGUUCAGGUGACGUUAGCGCUACCAAACGUUAGCUAGCAGCUAGCAAACUAUACAGACUGCUUCUCUAGCAAUGACGACUAGCCAGAUUCCCAGGUAGCGAGCUAGUUACUAACCGGUAUCAAAUAGCUAGAUAACAAACAGAUUCCACCGUAAAGUUACUUGAGAGUUUAGCUAGCUAGCUACUUUACUAGGCUAAAUCGUAAACAAGCUAGCAACCUAACGUCAGCUAAACUAAGCCAUGGCCAUGCAAUGAAAGUGGUGCUGCAUGUCCAGUCCAGUGCGUUCAAAUGUGUGUAUCAGGAAAGUGUCCAUACUCACUCAGGAAACACAUUUUAAGGUGGACCGUCAGUUCAAGGAUCAACAUGUUCUUUGCAAUGUUUCUCCACAUCAUAAGCUAGUUUUAAUGGAUAGUUAUGAUCAUCAUGGUUAAUCCUAUUUAUGUUUGUUUUUCAGCCGAAAUGAGGAUUUGGAGGAGGUAGCAACCAAAGAUCUGAAGUAUCUGAUGUUGCCUGCCCUCCUGGGGGCUCUAACUAUGAAGCAAGUGAACCUGGCAAAACGAUUAGAUGAAGUUCAGAUAGCUAGAUGUUACUUUUUGGACUUCUUGAAAAGAUGUAAGGAGUAUAACAUAUCGAAGUUUGAUCUACCCAAAACCAUUGCAAACUCUGCUGACAUACCAGAAGAAGAAUCUGCAAACGGGCCCCCCAAACCUCCGGACUUGAUUGCGAUGGCGACAGUUAGAGCGGCAAAGAUAGAAAGGUAUAUUAAACAUCUGCAUUUCAAUUACAAUUUUGACAAUCAGAACAAUAAUCGUUUUGAUUGAGCACUGCACAAGUACAAUUUAGGCCAACCUACCUAUGCUUGAAGGUCUAGUACCUGUCACGCACCUCUUAAAAUAUGUUAUGUCCCUCAGCUAUUUAAUAAAUUAAAGAUCUCUCUUAUUUAUUAUGCUAUACUCUGCAGAUACAAACAGAGGAAGGACACAGAGGCCAAGCUAUCAGAGAUUAAGGCAGCAGUGGACCGUGGGCAGGCAGAUGACGAGAUAGUCAGAGACUUCUACCUCCUCAAUGUGAGGAAAUGGAUUGCUGUAUCCCUGGAGGAGAUCGAGAGCAUUGACCAGGAAAUUGAGAUUUUGACCAGGAUGGAUGUUCUAAAACAGGUACCUGGAUUUGAAGAUGUAACUAAUGCCAUUAAUUCACCAGUGACUCAUUGAAAGAGUGUGGUUUUCUUAUGCUCUGUAUCUUUUCCAUGUGCAGAGUUCAGCAGAGCCAUCACACUCUAAAAGGCCUCCCAUGAAACCCUUCAUUCUCACCAAAGAUGCUGUUCAGGCCCGGUAGGCACCUGCUCAAACGUAUCAUUUAUUUUCUCAUUCUGCUAAUUGCUGUUUUCCUGCUCACAAAAUAAGUACUCUGUCCAACCUCCCUUAUCAAGAGUACAUAGCUACUUGCUUAUUAUAUCACAUGAAGUAAAUAGUUGAUUCAUUUAUAAUUUAAAGGGAUAUUUCAUUUUUUAGCAUGUUAGACCUCAUUUUCCACUUACUUUUAGUUUUAGAGCAUCAUCCAGACAGUUUUUUUGGUCAAAGUUAAAUUUUGGAAAUUUAUUUGGCUGGAUUAUUUGCUUGCUUGAGCCAUAUAGUGGUAGUGGCCAGACUCGUGCUUCAAAACGUCUCCACAUAAAAUUCUAAAGACCAUUAUGUUUUCAGGGCUUGUAGAAAAGUUACAUAUUGGUUUUUUUCUGCAAACAUCCGGACUAGCUACUUCAGCCGAAGUACGUUGCCAGUGUUGUUCUGCUCAUGUGAGCAACAAGUCUGACGCUCCGGAGUAGGCAUGUCAUAUCUCUCUUGUCAACAGAGCGCGUGGCUACACAUACAGUGCGAGACUAGCAGUGUGUGGAUGUAGAAAUUAGUUCCAAGACAAGGGCAAAACAGGAAGUAAACAGAGUUUGAGUUAUACACAUUGCUCGUAAUAGUGGAAAUAGCUAAGUGUUUUGAUAUUGACAUGCGUGUAUAGCCCACAAAGACAUGAGAUAGCUGUAGAUUUUCUUGUGGGGACGUUUUGAAGCAUGUUUUUUUGGUGAGUCUGGCCACUACCACUAUAUGGCUCAUGCAAGCAACUAAGCCAGCCAAAGAAAUCUUAGGAAUGGAACUUUAACCAAAACAACUGUCUGGUUGAUGCUUCAACACUAAAAGUAAGUGGAAAAUGAGGUCUAACAUGCUAAAAAACGAAAUAUCCCUUUAAUGUGUAAUUUUUCAUCUCAGAGUGUUUGGGGCAGGCUAUCCCAGCCUACCUACUAUGUCAGUGGAUGACUGGUAUGAACAGCACAGGAAGAAAAAUGCCCUGCCAGACCAGGGGAUCCCACGCAGCGCUGGUAGGGUUAACAGAGAUGUUCCUAAUAGUGUUCUAUUUACAGUUAACUGUACAUCAAUUGUUUUCAAAUGGUCAUGAACCAUGUUUGUUUUUUUACCCUGUCUCAUUCACCAAAUACAAUUUGUCUCCCUUUCAGAGGACUUUGAUGCAGAAGAGCGAGAACAAGAAGAGAAAGAGAAGCGGGUUGAAAACGAUGACGAGGAGGCCUUGCAGAAAGCUAGAGACUGGGACAACUGGAAGGAUACGCAUCGGAGAGGCUAUGGGAACCGUAAAAACAUGGGCUGACAACCAUCAAACACAGCAACAGCAACAGUGCCAAACCUGGUCUGUCCCUACUCUGUCUCUCUGAAGAUUUGUUGUUGUUGCUGCUGUAUAUAGAAAGAUGACCUUGAGGAAAAGGGAGGUCUAUACAAUCCCAGACAGAAUCUGUUUAUAAGUGUCUGUUUAUUCUGAUGCUGCAAAUCACGGCUUUCAUUGUAGCCGUAUCAGAGGAACAUUAUUUAUUGGCAAGCAUUAAUAUUAUCUGCAGGCUCCGUACGAAUACACAACCAAGUAUUGCCACCAAGGCCCUGUCCGUCGAGACGGCGCAGUGGUAUGCUUGAGAAGAUUAGUGAAGUGAAUUUGAUGAUAAAUUGUUUUAACAGCUGCUCCCAAGUAGAUUCAUAUUUUCUGAGAGUAUCCAACAGUACUUAAAGACCCUGUUGUGAAAAGCCCUACAGAGGGGGUAACGCUCUACAGGUACAAAAAAUUGCUGUCGUCAUCCACACUUCAUGUGCUUGGUGAUGGAAAAUGUAGCUUGUGUGCUUAUACAGUCCCCUAAAAUGUGGCUGUAUACUCCAGCAUUUUGGAUUUGACAAUAAUUGUUUCAUAUGAGGUGACAGUACAGAAUGUCACCUUUUUCUUUCAGGUAUUUUCAUACAUAUCUGUUUUACUGUUUAGAAAUUAAUUAGAAGAAGUCAUAAGUAUUUUGACAGAUUCACUUAGUGUAUUAAAGUAUUCAAAAGUGUAGUAUUUGGUCGUAUAUUCAUUUUCACAUUAACAUUUUAGUUAUUUAGCAGACACACUUAUCCAGAGUGUAUAAUAUUGCUCCCAUGUAACUUGAUAUGUGUCUUUUG